GGACGCUUUUAUCACUGGAGACUACGGAGCCACUGAAACAUAAUACAACAUGGCGUGCUCCCACCUUGUUCCUUCUCUCGGCAUCCCUCUCAGAACAACCUCCAUUCUUGGUAUUCCCCUCUUGAAGCUAGGUUUGGUCUUCCGAGUGCCAAUGAGGCGGUUCUCGAGUAGUAGUAGAAUCAGUAUGAGCUUGAAGGCAGGCAUUGUCGGCCUGCCGAACGUCGGAAAAUCGACUCUCUUCAAUGCCGUGGUUGAAAACGGAAAAGCUCAAGCUGCUAAUUUUCCCUUUUGCACAAUCGAACCUAAUGUUGGAAUUGUUGCGGUACCAGAUCCACGUCUUAAUAUGCUUUCUAAAUUGAGUAAAUCUCAACGUGCUGUUCCAGCAUCCAUAGAAUUUGUGGAUAUUGCAGGGCUUGUGAAAGGCGCCAGCCAAGGGGAGGGAUUAGGUAACAAGUUUCUUUCACACAUUCGUGAAGUGGAUGCUAUCCUUCAGGUAGUUCGUUGUUUUGAGGAUAAUGAUAUAGUUCACGUGAAUGGCAAAAUUGACCCAAAAUCAGACAUUGAUAUUAUCAACUUGGAACUUGCAUUUGCAGAUCUUGAUCAGAUUGAGAAAAGGAUGGAGAAGUUAAAAAAGGGGAAAGCAAAAGAUUCCCAAUCAAAACUAAAGGAAGAAGCUGAAAGGUGUGCCUUGGAAAGGAUUCAGGAGACACUGAUGAAAGGAAAGCCUGCAAGAUCAGUUUUCCUGUCAGAUCUUGAAAAGGAAUCAAUACGCCAUCUAUGCCUGCUGACGAUGAAACCAGUCAUAUUUGUUGCUAAUGUGGCUGAAUCUGAGAUUGGUCAUCCAUAUGAAAAUUCACAUGUUAAAGAAGUAGCAAAUCUUGCAUAUGAGUUCGGAUCUAGGGUGGUAACGAUCUCAGCACAGGUGGAAUCUGAGCUAACUGAACUUCCAUCCGAGGAAAGGCAUGAGUACCUGAAGUCUCUUGGUGUUAAUGAAAGUGGUCUUGGAAAUCUGAUCAGAGAAACAUAUAGUCUUUUGGGAUUGCGCACAUAUUUCACAUCAGGUGAGAAGGAAACUAAAGCCUGGACGAUUCUUGCAGGGAUGACUGCACCUCAAGCAGCAGGAGUUAUUCAUUCUGAUUUUGAAAAGGGCUUUAUUCGAGCGGAAACAGUUGCCUACGAUGACUUUGUUGCUGCCGGUUCACUAGCAGCUGCUAGAGAAAAGGGCCUUUUGAGGUCAGAAGGAAAAGACUAUGUGGUUAAGGAAGGUGAUGUGAUGUUGUUCCGCUUCAACGUAUAAAUGGGGAAUUCAAUGUGGAGAACAAAUAGUCGCGUUUUCAUAUUCCAUUUAUUUUUUUUCUCAUUCGGUGACCAAUAUCGAAUGGUUCUUGCAGCAGCCAUUGCAGCAACCCUUGUAAUUGUAAUGAACUCUAGAUAAUGUAUCAUACAUGGAAUCAAUGUUUUAGUCAAACUGUAUUUGAUUAAA